AUGUACGGGAUGCUGCUGGAAAGUGUGCAAUAUUUCGUACAGUUAGAAUUUGGUGAAGAAGUAUGGCUUCGAAUUUUAGAGAAAGCUGAUUGCAAACAUAUAGUUUUUAAUACAAGACAAAUAUAUCCAGAUAUGCUGAUGACUAAUUUGGCAAUGGCUCUUGCCGCAUAUACUGGUGAUUCUAUGGAUAACAUUAUGCAAUUUUUUGGAAAGUGUUUUGUUAGAUUUUUUAGUAAUUUAGGGUAUGAUUGUACUAUAAAAGCAACUGGUCGAUAUUUUUGUGAUUUUUUACAAAGUGUAGACAAUAUUCACAUGCAAAUGAGAUUCACGUACCCAAAAAUGAAGAGUCCAUCUAUGUAUACAACGCAUGUCGAUCCACAGGGUGUUGUUUUGGUUUACAGAAGUACUCGGCAAGGUUUUACGCAUUAUCUUAUGGAAAUCAAACUGACAGUUUCUGAUAGUUUCUGUUUGAAGAUUGCGAAAAACAAUAGAAUGAAUACUCCAUUAGGCCGUGAAUUACCACCGAUAAGUUGCACAUUUUUCUUACGCCUUUUUCCAUUUGGUGUCAUCAUGAACAAGGAUAUGAGAAUAUUAGGAGUUGGUGAUAAAUUGCUUCAAGCAUGGGGUGGUACCACANAGAUCAUACACAUGUGCAUAAAUACAACAUUUAAAUACACAUAAAUGUUUCAUUUCUAGGUAAUGUACUUGCAUUCAGUGAUAUUCGAAUUGGAACUAAUUAGAGCAAAUGAUUAUUUUAUGAUAGAUAAUGAUUCAGAUAAUGUGCCAAGCACAAGUAGUGGUUUAGAUAGGCGUGGGAGUCAAGGUGCGAGAAGUAUCUUAUUGAAGGGUCAAAUGAGAUAUAUCGAGGAUAUUAAAGCUAUUAUAUUUCUCUGUAGUCCUUUGAUCAACAGUUUAGAUGAACUUCUUAAUAUGGGUCUGUAUUUGAAUGACCUAAAUCCUCAUGGUAUGAGCAAAGAAUUGGUGUUGGCAGGAUGGCAGCAUUGCGGAAGGUUAGAAAUGAUGUUUGAGAGGGCAGAGCAAAGAUCGACGGAACUAGAAAACAGCUAUGUUUUACUGGAUCGAUGGAAAAACAAGAGCGAUGAGCUUCUAUAUUCUAUGAUUCCACAAACGGUAGCAGACCGAUUACGAGCCGGAGCCAGUUCAUUGAGCACUUGCGAGUCAUUUGAAUCAAUAACAGUUCUUUUCUGCGAAUUAUGCGAUUUUGAUUAUUCAACCAUCGAAGGAGCGAUGGACAUUGUUUUAUCAAUGAAUGCCGUUUUCUCCUGUUUCGAUACAUUGAUGGAUCAGUUUAAUGUAUACAAAGUAGAGACUGUUGGUAGCGUAUAUAUGGCAGCUAGUGGUGCACCGGACAGAAAUGAAAACCACGCACAAAACGUUGCCGACGUUUCUCUGCAACUCAUCGAGCAUGUUCGAUCUCUCAAAUUACCCUCCGGAUUGGAUAUACGAAUCCGCAUAGGCAUUCAUUCUGGAGCAGCGGUUGCCGGAGUAGUCGGCAUCAAAGUACCGAGAUAUUGUUUUUUUGGAGAUACUGUUAACACGGCCUCCAGAAUGCAGACUUCUAGUCUGCCGGGAAAGGUGCAUAUUUCUUCUAGCACCAAAGCUUUGUUACCAAAAGGACGUUAUCAUACCGAAUCACGUGGAAUUGUUAAAAUAAAGGGGAAAGGAAAUAUGGAGACGUAUUGGCUGGAAUCAACGGCAAAUACUGAAAUAAAGAAAGAAAUAUCAAAUGAUAAAAACGUAGAAGGUCUUUUAGUUACUAGUAUAUAA